AGAACAGAAUCUCCGCCAAAACGAAACCUCCGCCAAAGCCGAAUCUCCGCCAAAAUUGAGAAAGAAAGUGCACAACAGUUAAAAAACCAUCAUCAAGUCCCGGAGUGGCAGCCGGUUUUUCACCUUUCAACUUUCUACUUUCAACUUUCCACCGUUAUACUUUUUACCUGCCUUUCUGCUGCAUUUAUGAUGCAAUAAAUGGAUGAGUGGAAUCCAGUUAAAACUCCCUUGAUGAUGCGUCUUCCUUUCAAGCGGGAAAACUUGUGCAUAAGAGAAUAGCUUGACAGUGAAAAACCGGGACCAGUGAAAAACUGGACAGUGAAAAAACGGGAAACCAGGAAAACUGGAAACCUGUUUGACUCAAAAAAGGCAAGUGAGAAGAUAAUACAUUCAAUUUGAAGAAUAACUGUGAAGAAUGGCCACGCAGGCGGUAGGAAAGUCACUCGAACAACUAAAAGCAAAAAGGACAGUGGAAAAAAGGGCAUUCACACGUCUAGCCAACAAUAUAUUCAAAACUUGUAAAAACAUGACAGAGAUGGAUCUUCAAGACAGUUUAAAUAAACUCACAAUACAAGCAGAGAAAGUCAUGGAAGUAAAUGAUGAUCUUGAAGCAGGCAUGAUUGCAGAAAUAGAGGCAAAUCUGGAUACAGACCAGUCAGCUGAAUUAACAGAACAGCAAAAAGACGACCUCGAGAAGACUGCAAGCGACUGUGAGUUAAAACUGGAUGAAGUGAAAAUUCUUCUUCAUGAAACGUUAUGGACUAGAUAUGGGGAUGUUGAACUGUCCACGGCACUGCAGGUUGCUGAAGCUGAGAGUGAUAGAGUCGAAGCAGUAGAUCCAACUGGAAAUCAUGAAGCAUACGAUUUCAUGCUUAGUCACCUUCAAAAUCUGAUAAAAAAUGCAAAGGAGAUGUACAGCAAAUGGCAACGGUGCAUCCCAUCAGGUGAUGAGAGAGAUUUCAGCCAGAGACAAAGAGGACUCGAAGCAAACAUUACCAGGUUAGUGGCAAGGAAAGCUGAUUUCAUGCAAGCAAGACAAGCUGAGGAGGCUAGGAAUAUAGCACAUGUCCCAGUGAUUUCUACUUACCCCAUAGCAACAAUCAAGUUGAAACCUGCAACACUACCAAAGUUCUCUGGUAGCAAGAGAGAUUUUCACAGAUGGAAGAAGGAUUGGGAGGCACUCCAAAAGCAGGGUGAGCCCACUGGCUCUAAGGAGGUAAAAAAGGUUCAGUUACUAGACAGUCUGGAAGAAAAGAUUGUAAGAGAACUCCGCCUUACCACUUAUAAUUCUGCUAAUGACAUUUUCCGUGUCUUGGAAAAUCGCUAUGGCAACAAGACAGCAAUUGCUAUCGAAAUAGUGGAAGACUUGCAAAAAAUUCCUCCCAUUAGAAGUCACCAACCACGAAAAAUAGUUGAACUAAUUCAAGAAGUAGAAAAGGCACUUGGAGAUUUGAGUGAUCUUGGAAAUACUGGCGCCAUAAACAACCCACUGGUAACAAAGUCGAUAGAAGGAAAACUUCCUGAAAGUUUAAAAAAGGAAUGGCUUAUUCACGUAUCUGCCCAACAGAGUGCAGUCACACCAGAUAAUCGAUUUGACUACCUUUUGGAUUUCCUCAAAAAGCAAGAGAACAUCUACGAGCAAUUGGAACAAUUAAGACUUGAAGAACCUAACAGAAAGGAUGUGCGAAAUGAACCAAAAUGGGCAAAAACAAAGUCUACAAAAUCAAACACUGACCAGGCUGGUUGUGUAGUCUGUGGUGAUGCUAAGCAUAAAUGGAAACUCUACUUCUGUAAGCAGUUCCGGGCAUCGAAAUUAGUAGAUAAAAAGGCUGCAGUAAGUGCACUCGGAGCUUGUAAAAAAUGUCUUGAGGUCCAUGAACAGCAUUCAUUCUGCAAACGAAACUACUUGUGCAAAAGCCAAGACUGUGAAGAUGAGGGUGUCCCUGAGCAUCACUACUAUUUAUGCCCUAAUGCUAAAAGAGAGGAGAAACGUGCUGACCAGAAAAAGAGCAAACUUUGUCCGAAAACGGAGAAAUGUGUAAAAGACUACACUAGAGAUCAGCAAGAUUUUCUCAGCAGACUUUCACCAGAAUUAGCACAGCAGUGUAGAAAUGUGUUCUCAAACACUACAGCAAGAGUGUUCAAUGUGACAAAGGAAAAGCCAGGUUUACUAGCACAAAGUGGACUGCUAGAAUUGCCUGUAAUCAUGAUGCUUCUAAAUGUGACAGCCAAUGCUGGUCAAAAGAUUGGGACAUUAAUUGAUUUGGCAUCAGACACUAAUUACAUAACGCACAGCGCUGCUGAUCGUCUGAACCUAAAAGGAGAAAAGAUAACUCUUGUAAUCCAUGGAGUUGGAGGCAUGAAGGUUCGGAUGAAGACUAAACGUUAUCUUCUGAAAAUAAGGGUGAGAACCUCCCAGGGAACCUUCAAGUCCCACCAAUUGGCGUGCUAUGGGUUGGAAAGCAUCGCUGAAAUUAAUAACACAGUGCAACCAAACCAACUGAAAAAAUUGUUUCCAGACAUACCUCUUGCCGAACUUGCAAGGCCAAAAGUAGUCGACCUGCUUAUAAGCCAUCGGGAAGGACAGUUGGCUCCACAGAGGAUCAGAAUUGUUGGAGACCUGGUAUUGUGGGAUGGUCCACUUGGAAAGACGAUUGGAGGAACUCAUCCUGAGCUUUUCGAAGAUGUGACUGUAUCUGCCUACCGGUCCAAGACUCAUUUUGCACGAUCAAUGAGAUUGGCUGCUGUUAAAUAUGAGUAAGUAACUGAAUAC